AUGGCAACCAGGGUUUACAUUGGUCGUCUUGCAAGAGAUGCUCGUGAACGAGAUGUCGAAAAACUCUUUCGUAAUUACGGCACCAUCAGAGAAAUAAAAUUGAUGAACGGUUUUGGUUUUGUUGAGUUUCGAGACCACCGUGAUGCUGAUGAUGUUGUUUACGCUUUUAAUGGAAAGAGUUUUAUGGGUGAAAAUCGGUUCGCUCCUCCGCAAAGAAAUCCUCAAUAUCGAUUAAUUGUGGAAAAUUUAUCAUCAAGCUGUAGCUGGCAGGUAUGCAACUAUGUUCCAAAAAUCCAUACAUUUGCCGCCUGCAGCUCUCGCUAUUUGGCUGGCCUUCUGGUCCCCUACUCUUAUGUCCCUGAAAUAGUCCAAAUUAAAUUAGAAAUUGUUGUUUCUUAUGCCUGGAAGGAAGAGAUAUUUUGGUUACCUUUACUGCCUUCUUUGGAUAUGCCGACUCUUGUUCCUUCCAUUGGCAUAUUUAUUUUGGUUCUUCAUAUAUGGAAUUACAAGAGCCCUAGAGGAUCUUUGAAGCACAACGAUCUGAAGGACCUAAUGCGAAAAGCAGGUGAAGUGACUUUUGCCGAUUGCCACAAAGACCGCGAUGGGGAAGGUGUGGUUGAAUUUUCCUCGUACGAAGAUAUGAAGAAUGCAAUUAGAAAACUUGAUGAUACGGAACUAAAAGGCAAACGUAUCAUUCUUCGUGAAGCUCCGUCGCCUGCUAAUGGUAAGGACGCCGCCUCGCGCUCAGUUUCACCUCGCCGUCGUGAUGAUUCCCGCAGCCCAAAAAGAAGUCGUUCCCAAAGUGGUGAACGUGAACGUGUUGAUGACAAUCAUUUUUAUGUUUUUGUUAGAUGA